AUGUCCGAUAAAAUGCUGAUUAGUGAUGACCAAGCCGACAUGCACCAACGUAUGCUCGAGCUAGAGCAAGAGCUCAUUGUGUUUCAGCAGUCAAGUAAGGAGCUAGAGGAGGCACUUGAAGAUGAGCUCACAGAACUAGAAAAUAAAAACAGAAUGUUGGUUUCUCAGGUAACUGCAAAGGACAAAAGGCUUCAAGAACUUACGUCUCAGUUGACAGAUGCUAAUGCUGAAGUUUUAAGGCUAUCUGAAACUCUGAAAACAGAGAAGGCUAAGUUGGAAGAUGAGAUCCUUCUUCUAAAGCAAAAGCUCGUGGCAAUGGAGAUUCUGAACGACGAUAUGGACAUGAAUGAUCGAAUCCUUGAGAACAAUUUGCAGCUCACAAAACAGUUCAACAAUGAAUUAUUGGAAAAGCUAGCGUUGGUUGAGAAUGAUCUCGAGAAUGAGAAACAGAUCAAUGCACAACAAAGGCUACGAAUUUCAAACCUCGAGGCGGCAGAGGUAUCGAGGCCAGCCCCUAGAGUCCGCCAUCUGCAACAAUUCAAAUCCAGAAACAAGCGACAGAGCGUUGCUAGAAGCAUAAUGUCUGUUGCAGAUACCACUGCGGACGGUACAAUACUUGAUAUCAAUGAGUUUUUGGCGACUGCUCCACCUGAAACUAUACAUCCCGAUAGCAAUAUACCCAGGUCUGGAUCCAGGGGUAAGAUUCAUGAGCAAUAUCUUCGAUCGGAAGAGAUAGUACAGAAAGUGGGGAGAAUGAGCCACUAUCUUGGGCUCAAAGCUAAUUCUACGAUACAAAUAUCUCCUCACGAAGCACAGACCCCGCCCAAUGAAGUGGCCCCUCACGGACAGCUCACACACUCUCCUUCCAUAGCUAAUCUUUCAAGAUUCAAGGAAGAGCCAGAAAACGCUAGCACAAUAGCUGAGUCUCACUAUGCUCCCUCGAAGGCAGCCUCGGGUGAGAUUCUCAAGACUGACGAAUCACGAAAACCAAAACACAAGAAAAACAGGAUGAAAACAGUGAUGAAAUUCUUCGCAUGA